AUGGUAGAUUCGGAAGAUGAUGGUCAACCACUCAUAAGUUACGAGCCUGAGAACUCUUAUUCAGGAUCAUCAAACAUAUUAUUGGAACUUUCUGCACAAAAUAUAAACAUUGACCCAGACUUUGAACAGGUAGUUUAUGGCUACCGAAAAAGAAGGUGGCGGACGGCACUGGUGCAUUUACUGUCAGUAUUAUUAGGCGGAAUACCAUUUUUGUUCUUCCAUUGGUGCCCAAGAUGGUUCCUGUAUGCAACUUCAGUGCGAUGCUGCUUUCAGAUGGCGGAUCAGGUUCUUGUAAUCGAAACAUACCAGAAGAAAUGCAAAAGUUUCUAUAUACACAAGAUUGUAAAUAAGAAUAUUGCAGACGCCAGCGGAUUAAUAAACCAAGGCUUCCAAGAGGAAUUCGGCGGUGAAAAAGCCUCGCUAGAUAGCGCCGAUGAUUUGUAUACACCGAUGCACUUGGAUGAUGGAACUACUUUGAAUGUUAUGCAGUAUAGGUACUUCCGUCACAAAAAACAGACGUUGGUAUGGGAAACGGGACGGGCAUCUUGGGUCCGACUAGCGGGAGUAGAAAGUGGCGCGUCGUGUGCGCAACUUCACGCCAUGGCCACUCGAGCGCCGAGCGUCGAUCGACGCUUACGUAUGCUCAACAUCUAUGGCCUUAAUGAGAUCAAGGUGCCAGUACAGUCCAUCAUGGCCCUCAUUAUUCUGGAGGUUUUCAAUCCUUUCUACGUGUUCCAACUCUUCACUAUUGGCGUGUGGGUUGCGGAGCGCUACUACUAUUACUGUAUAGCUGUAGUGUUGAUGUCUACGUUCGGUGUUGCCACAUCUGUUAUACAGACUAAGAAGAAUCAGGAAAACUUGCGCGCGACAGUGGAAGCCCACGACUCGGUCCAACUGUGGGGUGACCGUACCGUGGACAGUCGGGCGUUGAGCCCCGGCGAUGUACUAGUGCUGCCACCUAACGGUUGCGUUUUGCAAUGCGACGCUGUACUGCUUACUGGCUCGGCGAUAUUAAACGAAAGCAUGCUUACUGGUGAGUCGGUGCCGGUGACAAAGACGGCAUUACAGUGUAUCGAUAGACCAUUUGACCUUAAGGAACACUCAUCCAGCGUACUCUUCUGCGGGACUAAAGUCAUACAAACACGCUACUACAACAAUGAGCCUGUCAGGGCUUUAGUUCUCCGAACCGGUUACAACACAAGCAAGGGACAACUAGUUCGAAGCAUCUUGUAUCCGGUCCCAGCCGACUUCAAAUUCGACCGCGACUCCUACAAGUUCAUAAUUAUACUGGCCUGCAUCGCAUUUAUCGGCCUCUGUUAUACCAUCGCGUUGAAGGCAUCCCGUUCAUUAACGGCCGCAGACAUAAUAAUCAAGGCGCUCGAUAUAAUAACAAUAGUUGUACCACCGGCGUUGCCCGCCGCCAUGACAGUGGGCCGCUUGUACGCAGUUUCGCGCCUAAAACGCGCUCAUAUCGCCUGUCUGAAUACACGGGCGGUAAAUGUUAGCGGCUCGCUCGACUGCGUUUGCUUUGACAAGACGGGCACGCUGACCGAGGACGGCCUGGACAUGUGGGGCGUGGUGUGUGUGAGCGGCGCCUCGCAACCCCCGCGGCUGGGGCGCGCGCAGCGGGAGCCGGCGCGGCUCAACGACCUGCACGACCUCAAGCUGGGCAUGGCCGCCUGCCACAGCCUCACGCUGCUCGACGCGCAGCUGGCCGGCGACCCGCUCGACCUCAAAAUGUUUGAAUCUACCGGAUGGACUUUAGAAGAACCAGACGUGCCAGAACUGUCCAACUAUGAAAUGCUGACGCCUACCAUAGUGAAGCCAAAGAAAACUACUAACAUUAAUGUUGAUGACGUGCAUAUGCCGCUGGAGGUGGGCAUAGUGCAGCAGUACCAGUUCGUGUCCACGUUGCAGCGCUCGUCGGUGGUGGUGCGCUUGUUGGGCGAGGACGUGCUGCGAGUAUACUGCAAGGGCGCGCCCGAAAUGCUAAGAACUCUUUGUCGACCCGAAACAGUGCCAGACAAUUUGAACGAAAUUCUAAGUUCCUACGCUGAGAAAGGAUACAGAGUUAUCGCAAUGUCUACGAAAAUAAUGGAGGUCACCUUCAAGCAACUGCAGAAAAUGACCAGAGAUGAGGUCGAGUGCGACUUGGAGUUCCUCGGUUUAGUUAUUUUGGAGAAUCGACUGAAGGCAGCCACUACAGGCAUUAUAAGGGAGCUGAAGGAGGCCAAUAUACACGUGGUGAUGAUAACAGGCGAUAAUGUCCAUACUGCAGUGAGCGUCGCAAAGGAAUGUGGCAUACUGGCGAGUGGAGAGAGGGUCGUGCACAUACUGCCACAUACUGACGCGCAAGGCACUAGACUCUAUUGUGAAAGCACUCUACAUGGGGUACCAGUGGGACGCAGGACUGAUCUGGAGCAAUUUUGCUCAUGGCGCAGUGAAGACAGCGGACGGGGCUCAUGGCAAGGCUCGAGUUCUGCAAAUUUUGGCGCCAAUGAUCUAGAGUCUUCUAUCCAGUUACCUAACUAUAAGAUAGUUAUGACUGGCGAUGUUUGGCGGAUCGUGCGCGAGCAUUACGCGGCAGCAGUUCCGCGGCUGAUCGCCAGGGGCGCUGUGUUCGCGCGCAUGUCGGCCGACCAGAAGCAACAACUCAUACUCGAGUACCAGGCGCUCGGCUAUUACGUGGGCAUGUGCGGUGACGGUGCGAACGACUGCGGCGCGCUGCGAGCCGCCCACACGGGCAUCUCGCUGUCGGAGCUGGAGAGCAGCGUCGCGGCGCCCUUCACCUCCACGCAGCCCGACAUAACUUGCGUGUCCCACAUACUGCGCGAAGGUAGAGCCGCCCUAACGACAAGCUUCGGCGUCUUCAAAUUCAUGAUAGCUUACUCCCUAACGGAGUUUUUCUCCGUCGCCUUUCUCUAUUACUUCGACUCAAAUCUCACAGACUUCGAAUUUCUAUUCAUAGAUGUCGCCCUAAUCGUCAACUUUGCUUCCUUCUUCGGCGUGACCGAGGCGUAUACGGGAAGGCUUUGCAAAAUCCCACCCCUAACUUCCUUAUUGGGUAUCGUUCCUUUAGUAUCAUUAAUAGGUCAAAUGGUUCUGAUAGGCCUCGCACAGUAUUUGAGCUAUUUAGCGCUGACGUUUUUUCCCUGGUACGUGCGACAUACGUACGAAGGGGAGGAAGAGAACGAAUGUUGGGAGAACUACGCAAUUUACACAGUUUCUAUGUUCCAAUAUAUAAUUUUGGCGAUCGUGUUUAGCCAUGGCGCGCCCUACAGACGAUCUGUGAUAACAAAUAAACAACUAAUGGUUAGCGUGUUAAUUAUGACGGCCAUCUGUGUAUAUAUAACUAUGGCUCCACCGCAAUGGCUGUCGGAGUUCCUUCAACUAAAAAUGCCUAAAGACAACUUAAUGUCGUACAUCGUACUGGCGCUGGCCUCGUUUAAUUUCGUCUUGGCUUUGUUUUUCGAAAGGGUUAUUGUACAGUAUUUGAUGGAGGAAAAGGAAAUGAUACCAAAGUGUGUUAAGGAAAAGAGAGUGAGGAAAACACCUCACUUGAUGAUUAAACGCCAAUUGACUGACACAGACUAUUUGGACUGCGAAAGUAUUGUCAAAUGUGAUAAGGAGACUAAAGAUCUGUCCGAGUUUAGUUCUAUUCAGAGCAGCCAAUGA